UUAGAAUGUAAAACCGAAUUACUAAUGCUAAUCAAAAUUAUAAAAUAUUUGCAAGAGUGAGACCAAUUGAUUAUCAACAGAAGAUGGUUGACUUCACGAAUGAGAGUAUUUCAAUAAGAGUAUAUAAAUAUUAAAUUAAAGGAUCCGACUAAUAAAAAUGCAGAAAGCAAGAUAGUUUCAUUUUCUUCAGUUUGUACAACAUAGGAACAUGCCUUUAAAGUAACAGAACCUAUGUUACAGAAACUAAUAGAAGGCCAUAAUUCUUGUGUUUUGAGUUAUGGAUAGACUGGAAGUGGGAAGAGUUACACAUUAUUUGGUUAGGAAGGAGAAGAAAAUAAGCCAGACAAGAAGGGCAUUGUAACAAGGGCUAUAGAAUAUCUACUUUCUAAAUCCUAAGAAUUUGAAGAAAUUCGAGAAUUUGUAAUAACUGUAAGUAUAGCUGAAUUAUUUUUGGAUUAAGUAAGAGAUUUAGGUAAAGCUUAUCAAUCUCGUUAAUCAGGAAAUAUGAAUUAAAUAAUAUAAAAUUAUGAGAAUGAAAAUUUGACAAUCUAUGAAAAUACUAAUGGAUAAAUAAUGAUUAAAGAUUUAACAUCAAUACCAAUUAGAUCUGCUUAAGAAUUAAAUGAUAUGAUAUAAAUGGGUUUUCAAUUAAGAGAAAAACUUGAAUAACAAAGCAAACCAUUUGGUUAGAAAUGUCAUACAAUAAUUACUUUAAAUCUAGUUUAAAAAGAUAAAGAAAAUGAGAAUUUACCAUUUAUGAAUGCAUUUAUUUAAUUUAUAGAUUUGGCAGGUUCAGAAAGAAUAGCAAAAAGUUUAACUUAAGAAGGAUAGUUUUAGGAAGCUAUUUUAAUUAAUUAAAGUUUGACUGCAUUAUCCAAAUGUUUGACAGCAAUUUCUUAAAUGAAUUCUAAAAAUAUUCCUUAUAGAGAUUCAAAAUUGACUAGAAUAUUAUAAAAUUGUCUAAAUAGUUAAAGUUAAGUGGCUUUGAUGGUUCAUAUUAAUCCAAAUGAAAAUAAUUUUGAAGAAUGUUUAUCAGCUUUAUAAUAUGCAGAAAGAACAAAGGGAGUGACAGCUGCCUAACCAAUUGAUGACAAUCCUAAUUAACCAGGUCCUUUUCCUGGAUAAGAUAAAUUAAUUAAUAAAUUAUAAAAUGAAAUUAAUGAAUUAAAAUAAAAGAUAGAUUAUAUGACAAAAGAACAUAAAUAAAAAAUAUCAGAGAUUUAAACAUUAUUAGGAAUUGAUAUGGAUUUAGAAAAACUAUUUGCUAGAUCAAGUGCAUAAGAAUUGUAGAAGUUUAAAAUAUAAAAAGAAGCUAUGCAAAAAUUAGAAUCACUUACAACUUAAUUAAAAGAGGCUGAAUAAAUGAUUGAUAAAAUAUAAAAAGAAAAAGAAUUAUUGAAAAAAGAAGAGAGUGUUAAAUUAGAAAGAUAAUAAUGCAGAAUUAUUGAAUUAAAUGAAGAUAUAAGAAAAUUAAAAGAGUUGUAAGCUGAAAAAAAAUAACAGUUAGAAUAAAUUGAAUAAGAAAAAAAUGAUAAAGUUUUAGAAACUGUGAAAAAACAAUUAAAAGAACAUUAAGAAGUGAUAGAAAAAAAAGUGAAUGUUAUUAUUAAUUUACCAUAAGCAAUUUAAGCAAAGACUUAAGAAGUAUAAAAACAUGAAGAUAUCAAAAGAUUAGCAAAACUUGAAUUAGAAAAAGAGUAAAAACUUUAUUAUAAGUUAGGUAUAAAUAAUAAAUGGAAAAUUUGAAAGCAGAAUAUGCAAAGUUCUUGUAAGAUAGUACAGAUUAAUAUGAAAAAUACUUAUAAAAGAAAAAUGAAGAGAUAGAUCACUUUAUUCAUCAAUUUAAAAAAUAUUAAGAAAAAAAGAAGUAAUUAACUAAAAUUAAUGUUAUAGAAUGUAAAUAAGGGAUAUGAAGUCUGAACUAUUUGAGUUAUAUGAUAUAGUAAUGAAAACAUUUAGAGUCAUUGAAAAAAUAGAGAAUGGAGCCUAUAGUUCAGGAAUAAGAUCAUUCAAUAUUCCAGCUAUGGAUAAACCUCAUAUACCUACUAGAAACAAAUUUAAAAAGUAAAUAUAUUAUUAUAUUUUAUAAGCCUUUUCAAAUAUCUUGAUUAAAGAAGUUUAAAGAAUACUAAAUUAGAUGGAAUUAAAGAUAAGGUCAUCUUAAAACCUAUGUAAAUGUCAUAGUUUUUGGAACAUAACAAUAUUAAAAUGAAUCUUGCAGAAAUGCAGGAACCAACCUUAAGAUAGUUUGCUAGCAUGAUAAGAGAUGAAUUAGUUUAGGUUUUAGCGAGAGAAAAAGAAUUGUAAAAACGAGUAGCUGAAUUAGAGAUUCUAUAAUCAAAUAAUGAUAUAAAUACUUUAAUAAAGGAAAGAGAUGAAUAUAAAUAGCUUUAUUUAUAAGAAGUUAAAAAGGUCAAUUAAUCUAAAAGAAUUAUAUCUGGAAAAACUGAGGGUCUUCCUAAUGUUUUAAUUAGACCAUUAACCCAACAACAUUCAAGAUAAAGGUUGUGAAAUUAC